UAUGUGAAUUCUGUACCAACUUUAGGCCGUAACCACAUGAGGAUUUCCCCAGAUGGUAAGACUCUGGCCAUCCACAGAGUCAGUCGCUAUGACCACAAUCUUCAGUGUGCCAUAGAAGAUUUCCCAGAAAUACUUCAGAGAAGUGAGGUGAUACCACUGAGUGUGGCCUACGGACCAGACCAUGUGUCACCGCAGACCCAGCCUGGUGUCUUCAAUGCUGUGCUGACUGCUGUCACUGGCACCAGUGUGCAAUCGGAAUGUGCCUGUUUCUUCAGGCCUGAACCCAAGUGUCUCAGAGGAGAGCAUGAGCUCCCUCUGUCCUGGGAGCAAAUGGGCAGCUGGUGUCCUGUGCAGACCCUGGAGACCCAGCUGGCCUUCUAGGAUGUCACCAUUCAGAGGCCUCGAUCCUUGAUAAUAUUUAUCAUCAUAUUGGCGUCCCUGGGCACCUAUGUCUGUGGAAUCCUGGUCUACACCCUGAUUAUGUUUUGUUCCAUCAGGUGA